AAAUUUGCAUCAGUGUUCUCGUCUCAAGUUCUCGAGCUUCACUUCAGUGUAGCUUCUUCGUGAAAGAAAUUAAGUACAACAUUUACUAUUAAGAAAACUUACAUCCUAAUCAACAUGAGACACGGAACAUCAAAGAUCUUUGCCUCUAUCCUGCUGUCACUGCUGGCACUUGCAGUUGUCGGGUUCGAUGGCAAUUUAGCGGCUGAGACCACUGGAAAAAAAGUUGAACAAAAGUCGAAUGUUGGUUUGAGGAACUUGACAUAUGUGCGCAGUAGCGGACAACAGGAUCAGGAGAGCAGAAUUUUCGGGUUUUUAAAAUCUGACAAACAUAAGAAGAAACCAAGCUACGGAGCGCCAAAAUCACAGUAUGGUGCUCCUAAAGCUCAAUACGGUGCUCCCAAAGCCCAGUACGGUGCUCCUAAGGCUCAGUAUGGCGCUCCAAAGGCACAAUACGAAGCCCCAAAAGCCCAGUACGAAACACCUAAGCCAAAUUACAAAGCUCCAGCGUACAGCAAACCAGAGCCAUCCUACAAUCAACAGGCUUACAGUCCAUCAGAAUAUAGCCCUCCGUCCUAUAGCCCACCUGCAUACAGCCCUCCAUCCUAUAGCCCACCUGCAUACAGCCCCCCAGCUUAUAGCCCUCCCGCCUAUACUACUCCUGCAUAUAGUCCGCCUGCAUAUAGUCCGCCUGCAUACAGUCCGCCUGCAUACAAUCCGCCUUCCUACAGCUCCCCUGAUUAUAGCCAAUCUGAAUACAGUCCACCAUCUUACAGUCCCCCUGCUUAUAGCCCCCCUGCUUAUAGCCCCCCUGAUUAUAGCCCACCUUCUUACAGCCCACCAUCUUACAGCCCACCUUCUUACAGCCCUCCAGCUCCCGUUUACACUGAAGCUCCUUACUCUCCUUCAUACGUCCCCAGUUACAAAGCUCCGGCGCCUUCCGUUUACCCAGAGGCUCCUGCUUACCAACAACCAGAGGAAUACAGCCCACCAGUUCACAGCACUGAGGCUCCUUAUCCACCACCGCAGUCACCAAACUACGAAGCUGCUGCUGAUUCCGAAGCUCCUGCCUACAAACCACAGGAUUACUCACCUCCGGCAUACGAAGAAGCUCCUUAUUCUCCACCGGCCGAGCCUGAACAUCCUACACCUUACAACCAGGAUCCAAACUACCCAGAAAGCAACAAAGGUCCCAAUGAAAAUGUUUAUAAUUUCGCCGAAUUUGGGGACUUUUUAAAACCUAACGACUUUAACUUUCAACAGUUUAAAUUUUAAGAGCUGAAAUUAUGAUGCAAUUAACAAUUUCUAUUAAUUUAAGUCAAUUCACUUUCAAUUUUUCGAAAAACUGAAAGAUUAAAUAUUUCCCUUCCGACAGUCGCAGACAGUAAAGAUAGUAUGAAUAAUGUUAAAUAUAAGAUGACUUCAUUUGUUAUGUUAUUUCUUCCGUGUUGAACACACCUUGCGUGCAUUGCAAAAUAUAUAUCGAAAUCAAAA